AUGUUCUCUUUUAAAAUAAAUCGUUCUCUAACAAACUAUUUUAAAACGUUUACAACACCAAAAAUAACACAAAUUUUGCUCAUAAAAAGAAAUUACAUACUAUUUCCGAACCUUCAAAAUUCAGUUACUACCAAUGCUACAACAAAUAAGUUAAUAUUACCGUUAACUUCUUCGUUCUUUCUCCAACGUCGUCAUCGAGCGGAAUUCGCUCCACGUCAUACGAAAUAUAAAAAAGCUCAUAAAGGUCGUGUACCAGUACGUAUAGGUGGUUCAACAAAAGGAAAUACAAUAGCGUUUGGUUCAUUUGGAUUGAGAGUAAAAGAUGGUGUACGAUUAUCUUCAGCUCAAUUGACAGCAGCUCAUACCGCUAUUAAAAGAAAAAUCAAAAUUAUUAAAGGUAGUCAAGUUUGGAUGCGUGUUUUUCCUGAUAUACCUGUCACCUCGAAAGGUAAUGAAACUAGAAUGGGUAAAGGAAAAGGUAAUUUCGAUUAUCAUGCUUGCAGGGUACCAAUGAAUAAAAUUCUAUUUGAAAUUGGUGGUGGAAAUAUUAGAAAAGAAGUUGCUAAAGAAGCUUUAAGAAUAGCUUCCGAUAAAUUACCUGUUAAAACUGAAUUUGUGGAAAAAGAGGAUGAAUUAAAACAUCAGAAAAAAAUUGAUGAGGUAAAAAUUAUUCAAGUCUUUGAAUUAUAA